AUGAUUCAUUAUAAAAAAAGAUUAGUUGUUUAAAAUGACAUAGAUCACAUUUUGCUUCCAUAGAUUUGUGAUUAUAGAUCACUAAGUAUAAAUAAAGAAACAAUAAUACAUCCUGAAGCAAAAGAAAGUAAGUAAGAUUAAAGAUAAGUUGCUAAACUCUAAUUCUCUUUUAUAAAUUCAAAUGCUAGCAACCCAGAUAGAUUUCCUUCGAAACCAUAACACAUGAUGAACAUUGUAAGAAGGAAAAAAAUGUUAAAGUUAUAAUUAAUGAGAGUCUGUGAUUCAAUUAGGCAUGUAUCUCAUUGUAAGCAUUAUGAAACUUUGUAAGAAAUACAUUUCAUCAAAUACAAAAAGAUUGCUUGA